AUGUAUCUUGCUGCCUAUCUUAUACCUUGGAGGUUUCCUAAGCUUCUGAAAGGUCCGGGUUCUAUUAACAAACUUCCUGACGUUAUUAAAAGCAAGGGAAUGGUACGGGGUCUGAUCGUGACGGAUGGCGACCUCAUGCGCCUUGGCCUCCUCGAUUCUUUUAUUAAAGGGAUGAAGGAGAAGGGAGUGGAUGUCGUGAUUUACCAGGGCGUGACCCCCAAUCCAACUGAGGACCAAGUCGAGGAGGCCCUGAAGCUGUAUCUUGAUAAGCAGUGUAAUCACAUCAUCGGCUUUGGCGGUGGAAGUCCCAUUGACUGCGCAAAAUUGGUCGGGGCACGCGUCGUACGGCCCAACAAAACGAUUAGGCAGAUGUCCGGGGUUUUUAAAGUCUUACGCACCUUGCCGCCCCUUUAUGUCAUUCCCACAACAGCCGGCACGGGAUCGGAGUGCACGCUGGGCGCCGUUGUAAUUGACGCCAAGAAUAAUGAAAAGUACCCCGUCGAGGACUUCUCCUUGUUCCCGAAUUAUGCAGUCCUGGAUCCUUGUCUUACCCUCUCGUUGCCCAAGUUCGUAACCGCGACGACCGGUAUGGAUACGCUGACCCACGCCAUUGAGGCUUACAUCAACAUCUUACAGACCAAGCAAACGGAGCAGGACGCCUAUACGGCGGUCCAGCUCGUUUUCAAAAGCCUUCUCAGGGCGUACAACAAUGGCAAAGACCUCGAGGCCCGCACGACCAUGAUGGAUGCCGCGUACACCGCGGGGCUGGCUUUCACACGUGCAUACGUGGGGUACGUUCACGCGAUUGCACACACACUUGGUGGCUUGUACGGCGUGCCUCAUGGCUACGCCAACGCAGUUCUUCUUCCACAUGUUCUUGAAGCAUAUGGUCCUCCUGCGCACCGUCGUCUGGCCGAGUUGGCGGGGGCCAUAGGUAUUACCGAGGGCAAUGACGCUGAGCGCGCUCAGAAGUUUAUUCAGGCCGUCAGGGACCUGAAUGCAAAACUGGACAUCCCCGAAACGAUAUCGGGAAAAGAUAAAAAAUAUAUGAUUAAUAAGAAUGAUAUUCCACUGAUGGUAUCACGCGCACUCAGCGAAGCAAACCCGUUAUACCCUGUUCCAACCAUUCUUGGCGCAGAGGAAUUGACAGUCAUCAUCAAAAAAGUGAUGUGA